GAGUUAUUUUGAUUAUCCAUUGUCAUCUUUAUUGUGAUAGGUUUUGUCAGUUAUUAAUCCCUUUAUUUUUAGUUUGACCAUCGGCUAGGACCGGCUCUUGUCGUACCUAGUUUAUUUUAAAACUAAUUCUUUCAGUUAGGCUUCUAAAACGGACAGAAAAUUAACGGUGUAGUGACAUCAAACGAAUCCAGGUUUUAUGUUAGCGGAAUAUCAUCUGGAAUAAUGUCCGGCGAUGUCCAGCCCAGGAAGAGGAAGGACAAGAAACGCAAAAGAGAAGAUGAAUCAGUGCCGCCAGCUUUUUACCCUAAAGACUUAACGGAAGACGUGAACAUCCAUGUCCACAAAGAAGAAGGUACUGGAGGUGGAAUAUGCGCUAAAAUCGUAUUCUUCAUUCUCUUCUCCGCUCUAAUAGUCUUAAUUGGACUUAUUAUAACAGAACACCGUGGUCUCACUGACUUGGACGUUGCUGAAACAGAGUCAAGAUACUCUCAAAUUUUUGAAGGUUGGGUCGACAAUGACAAACACGAUGAUCACCAUACUUUAGAUGACCACGAUAACGAACAUUUCGAUGACGAAGAGGAUGAGAAGAGCGAUGGUCAUACUCUAGACGACCACGAUGAUGAGCAUAUAGAUGACGAGCCUAGUGAAGAACAAGAGCACACCUUGGAUGACCAUGACAAUGAACAUUUCGAUGACGAUAACCUAAGCAAUCCGUUAAGUGAAGAGAACCCAGAAGAAGAGGAAGAAUCUCCAGAAGAACCCCAACAGAAAUAUCAAAGGCAUUUAGAAACUGGAAGACACAGAUACCGAAGAGAAAUUUCUGAAGAAGAUGAAGAUGAUAAUGUAACGGAAUCGCAACAAGAGGAUGAAACCGAAGAGGAAGAAGAGGUACCAGCGGAUUCCGAAACGAUUGAGGAAGAAGAGGAGGAAGAAGUUAUUAGGUCCGAAGAAGACGAAGAAGAAGAUAACGUAACAGAUUCGCAGCAAUAUCUAGAAGAUGAGGAUGAAGAAGGGACGGCAGAAGAUUCUGAUGAUAAGGAGGAUACUGAAGAGAUUCAGGGCGAUUCGGAAAACGAGAAUGAAGAUCAGGUCAACAGCGAAGAAGAAGAUGUUGAAAACUUACGUUCUGUUAGUUCUAAGAUUGAAGAAAGCGAAGAAGAAAAAGUAGACCUCGAUGAUGAAGAUAAAGCCAAAGAUAGUCGAGAUGAAGCUUCAAACCAAAUUGAAAAUAACGAUGUCAACAGCGAAGAAGAGAAAUCAUCAAGAGAGGAAAUUGAAGAGAAGGUUUCUGAUGAACCACAGGAUGAUAAGGAUGAAAAUGAAGAAGGAGAAAAAGUGUUGGUUGACCAAAUAAUAGAAGAUGCCAAAGAGGACUCCCCAAAUGAUAUCCCAGAAACCUCCGGAGUUAGCGAUAACAUUGGAAAAUUAAGUAUGAUUGUUAAAGCGAUAAUUGGAGCAGCCAUUUUGGCAGUUGGCCAUUUUGUUCUGGUAAAAAAAUGGAAAUCUGAUUCGCCCGAUGAUGAUACUAAGGCAAACCUUGAAAAAGAAGAGUUUCAAAUUGAUUUGUCGAGAAGAAAUACUCUUAUACCACCUCCACCUCUGCAAGAAAUCGAGAAAGAUGUGGAAUAUGCAAACGAAGAAUACUCCGAUGAAGAAGCUGCAAGUAACGAGAAUCAAGUGGUAACAGAUGUUGUAAAAGCAAAAUAUGAGCAAUUACGCUCUAGCUACUCAAGAUCAAUAUCACCAGAAAGUGAAUUGGGUGAUGAACGCGGAAAAACACGAAGUGAUGAUGAAAUCGAGAGUAUCGAAGAUAUCGAGGAAGAAGAAGUAGAAGAGGAAGAAGAAGUUGAAGAGGAAGAGGAAGAAAGUCAGGAUGAAGAAAUUGAGCAGGAAAUUGAGGAAGGAGAAAUGGAUGAUGAAGAAGAGGAUUAUGAAGAAGAAGAAUAUGAAGAAGAGGAUGAUGAUGAGCUAAUGAAGAAAUUAGAGGCUAAAUAUGGAAGUCUUAAAUUGGAACCUAAAGGUAGAACGCAUUCUAUAGAUCAGGAGGAGUCAGACUCAGACAGGCUAUCAGAUGACAAUAAUGACUAUGAAUAUUCCAGCAUUACAAAUAAAGAUGACUGGCUCAUACGAAAGGAUCUUGAUGAAGCACAAAAAAAUUUGCCUGAUAACUCUGCUAAAGCUCUAAAAAUGUUUGAAAAAAUCCUUGAGAAGUAUCCUUCCUCCCCUAGAGGUUUAUAUGGAUUAGCUCAAGCACUAGAUGCCUUCGCCGAGAUAAAAAGAAGCAACGAACUCCUUGAAGAAGCUGUUGCUACUUACCUCAAAAUUUCUGAUCUCGAAAAUGUACCCGACGACUUAUACAAGCAUGCCAUGGAGAGAUGUAUUGAUAGGGUCAGGUUUAGAGGGAAAUAUGGGAAAGCAGUCACUGUUCACCUGAAAUUGAUCAAACGGUUUCCAGAUGAACCAAAGUAUAGAAAUCAACUAGUUGUUACAUAUUUGACGAUAGGAAGGGUCGAACAAGCACGUUUAGUUCUCGAAGAAGUUUUACAAAAAUGGCCUAAUGAUGGUUGUGCCUUAGUACAUUAUGGUUUCAUAUGGAAAACCACCGAUAACAAUUUGAAGAAAGGUGUCUAUUAUAUGCAAAGGGGUAUUGAAACAAAAGAUCCCUGCGUUAUAGACGGUAGAUUUUAUUUUCAUCUAGGUGAUGCCUUCUUUAGAUUAGGGCAUAAAGACAAAGCUCUUGAGUUAUAUGAAGAUGGUGUGAGACACAAACUUUUCUUAUCCAAAUACCAAAGAUCACUCUAUAACGUUCCUCGUCUCACUGCUAGACCAUGGUGGGAAGAAGGUCAACUAAUACGUUAUAAAUUAUUAUUCAACGACCUCAUGAGAAACUGGCAAGUGAUAAGAAAUGAAGGAUUGUCUGCUCUGAAUGAAAAUGAUUAUUUUGAAGAUGAAUCAGAAAAUCUUAGAAACACAGGAGAUUGGAAACAGUUUGAGUUGUUCGCUAGGGGUAGAAAGCAUACCAGAAAUUGCCGUAGAACACCACUCACUUGUAAAAUUAUAGAGAGCCAUCCUGAUGCAAGUGGCUGUAGAAGGGGUCAGACAAAAUUUAGUGUUAUGCAUCCCGGAACGCACGUUUGGGCACAUUGCGGUCCAACGAACUGCAGAUUAAGAGUCCAUUUAGGCCUCAAGGUACCCCCUCAAACUUUUAUAAGGGUGGGCGAUGAAAUAAGAAGCUGGGAAGAUGGAAAAUUGUUGAUUUUUGACGAUAGCUUUGAGCAUGAAGUCUGGCAUAAUGGUACAGAUACGCGCCUUGUUUUAAUUGUUGAUGUCUGGCAUCCAGAAUUAUCAAUGACGGAGAGGGAAACACUUUCCUCACUUUGAUCUUAUUUAUCAUAAAAUAAAUCAGUUAAUUUUU